AGUCCAAAUCUUCAGUCUCAAAAUUCCCUUUAUUAUUACACCCCAAAAUUCGUUUUCGGAAAACCCAACGAUCCAGUUAUGAAAUACUUCUUGGUCCUUGUCGUCCUGACCCUCAUCUUGGCCAUCAGCGUGGGUCAAUCGGAUGCUUUCUUUGUUGAUAUUAUUGACAAAAUGGAAAAUGUAAUACACAAUGUUGCUAAAACGGGCAUUGGUUUGGUUAAGCCCCUAGAAAACAUGAUUAUACCGAAACAACAAGAAACCAAAACCACCCAAACCUAACUAACGGAAUAUUCUAAAAUGUAGUUAACUUAGUUGAUAUAGACCGGAAUGUACAUGACGCUUGCGCUCAUAAUAAAAUAUUAAAUAUAUUAUCAGAUUCGUACGUGCUCAGUGAACAAUUA